UAACGAUCUGCGCAGCGCACCUUGGGCCCCGCCCUGGUUCGUCGCGGCUACGGUACCGCCAUCUUGCGUACAACACAGUCGGUUACGUGGACGGCCUCUGCGGCGCUUGAAGAAGUGUUUCGUUGCUGGCAGUUUUUGGGCGCGUAUGAUUCGUGCCUGAAGACACCGCCAUGCCGAACCACGGACUGGGACGGGUGCACCGUUUUCGCGACCACGUCGUCGCUGGAGUCAACUGGCGACCGACGUGGUUCGUCGACGAGGUUCCCAGUUCACGUGUAUGCAGCCUCUGCCGCAUGAUGCCAAAACGGACGGUGCUGUUGCCGUGCUUGCAUGCUCACUGCGAAUCUUGCCACGUAGCCAGUCUGGAAGGCGGCGUUGGACACUGUCCAUUGGAUCAAGAGGCAUUCGAAGAAGCUGAGUGCUUCGUUUAUGAAUUCCCUACAAGGAAAGCGAAUACAUUGAAGGUGUACUGCUGGAACGAAGCGCAUGGCUGCGAGUACACGGGUACCAUGGACCGUGUGCUGGAACACUACGAGAACGAAUGCACAUUUCACACCGUGGAAUGUUUGCGAUGCGGCGAGGGAGUCCAGCACAGAGACCUGCCAACGCAUUACGCGGCCGGAUGCAGUGCCGGUGUCUCUUCCGAGAUCACAGAGUGCCCGUCCUCGAAACGUACAGCACUGAGCCUUGAAGAUGUGAACGCUGCCCUUGAAGAACUGAAGGCGAGGCUGGGGGAUGCCAACCAUGACCGGCUGCUGCCAGUGAUCCAGAGCCAUUUCAACGAGCUUAAAGAACAACUCAGAAGUCAGCAAACCAUGUUCGCUGGUAUUACUCGCGAUAUCGGUACAUUCGAGCGCAAUUUAGAGGCCGCGAUGGAUCAGAUCACCGCCACGAUUUCAGAGACCGUGUCGCACCAGCCAACUUCUCUGCAAAAUCCGGAGGAGGAAGCCAGCACGUCAACGUCGCUUUCGUUGCGCUCGGAACACGAUCUGAUACUUCGCAAGUUGGAACGGUUAGCCCCUCUGGAAAACUUGCGGCAAGAUUCCCCGAAGCCAGAGUCCAGCCGUGUAAUUGCUCAUUGUAGCAUUUUGGAGGGUGACUGUCGGCAUUUAUAUAGUGCGCUGUCAACCACAGCUGCGUGGAUUGAAAGAAUUGGGAACGUGAUGUAUAAUAUGACCCUGGAAAACAGUGAGGAAAUCAUUAAGUAUCGCGGAUCGUGGAAAAAGUUUUCUGAGAUAACGGUGUGGCACAUGAGAGACACGUACUUUACGGUUAGCGUCUUCAAGUGUGGUCGUAAUAGUACAUCUGGUCUCUCUGUGGAGAUCGAGUUUAACGGGAUGCUGGCGGACUCUAGGUGCGUGCCUCCUUUUUGGCAGGUGAGCUUGUCGGAUGAUGCAAUGCUGAAGCAACUUUCGUUGACUUCCCGUACCACGUCUUGUUACUGCGACCGUUAUGAUGAAUCAUUGAGACACUUUCACCUCGGAUUCCGUAUAGCUAUUCCCUCACUGCAGAAUUGCGGUUUGAUCCGAGACGGGAAGAUAUUGUUCCAAAUCUGCCUCAGCGGUAGAGAAAUGGACGGUAGUGUCAAAGGAGCUCCCUGUUCGUCCUCGUAGAAUGUGUACUGCACUGACGGAUCGUCCUUGCCAGCUCCCAUGUGUGCGACAUGAGCUUAGCGAACUUUUGAUGUCCUUUCUCCUAAACGAAACUGGCUCUGCGAAUUUUUUUUUUUUAAUUUGCUACGCGUUGUAACUGUCAACCCAUCCUUUUAUUACUUCACUGGCUGUUCAUUUUGUUGUGCAUUUAUGCUGCUAAUACAGUUGGUGUUUCUCAAUACUGUG